GUGGCUGCGGGACAACAGACCAGCUCCAAACAGCGACGGUCCUCCGCGGCAGCUUCCAGCCUCCGUCCCGGCGGUAAACACGACGCCCCUCCGGUGUGCCGGGUCCCUCCCUCCAGAAGCCGUCUCCCGCGGACCGAGCCGCCCGCCGCCGGCCCCCCGCCGCCGCCGCCCGCCCGACAUGACGACCUACAAGGCGUUCCACUCCCAGCUGGCGUCCAUCAUGGAGGCGCUGGCCAAAGCGGCCGUGGCGGAGAUCUGCGAGCUGGUGGACGACAGCUACGCCGUGCUGCAGCUGGAGAUCAGCCGCAGCCACAAGGAGAACGAGGCGCUGCGCAGGAAGCUGGAGCUCAUCGAGUCCAUCAUCGCCCGGGGGAGCCGCGGACACGCCGGGAUGCUGGACUACGGCGGCCCGCUGGAGGAGGAGGGCGGCGGCGGCGGCGGCGGGGGGCUGCUGGACUUCGCCAUCGAGCACGCCUUACCCUCCGGCCUGAGCCACAAGCAGCUGAAAGCCUCAGCCCUCAGGAGAUGUGGACCGCUCUCAGCAUCGGACGCCUCCACAGAAGCAACAGACGGGGACUCGUCUUCAGCUGCAGCAGAAGAGCAGCAGGCCGGCCAGGACGUCGUUCUGAUAAAGGAGGAAACCACUAAAGAGGAGGAGGCCGACAGCCUCGCCGCCACUGACCUGCUUCUGAGUGAAAACGGGACGGAGAUGCUGCCCUCGCAGGCGGAGGAGGACAGCGACGAGGGCCCGUCCGGGAUCCGCCUCUCGGCUGCGGCGCCGGACGUACGGCCGUGGGACCAGAACGCCGGCGAGCUGUCAGAGCGUCUGGAGCGUCAGGAGUCCCGCAGCGUGCCGGGUUCUCCCGCGGGCCCCGCGGACGGCGGCUCCGCGGAUGUGGUGUUCGAUUUGGCGGCGGAGUCGGACGGCCGCUCGCCGUCCGCGGCCCAGACCGCCAAGCCGUUCCUGGUGCGGUCGGGGGACGGCCCGGCGUCGCUGCCCGGGACGUCGGAGCUGAAGCGCGGCGUUUCGCUGGUCAGCUCCCGCCACUACGACGCCGAGCUGGACCUGAGCUCCUCCUGGACCGGCCAGGGCCUGCCCAGCAUGGUGCCCGUCCACCACCGGCCCUACCUGAAGCCGGACCUGCGGCCCACGCUGAUGGAGAAGGCCUCUGACUUGAGCGCGGCCAGCUUCCCCCUGGCCCUGUCCCUCGGCGGCUCCAGACUGGACCCUCUGGACCUCAACCGGUACUGCAGGGACCGACGCUUCAGCUGCAACUACUGCGGGAAAUGCUUCACCUCCUCCCGCAGCCUGGAGACGCACGUGCGCGUGCACACGGGCGAGCGGCCGUACAGCUGCGCCCAGUGCGGGAAGCGCUUCACGCAGUCGGGCCACCUGAAGACGCACCAGAGCGUGCACACCGGCGAGCGGCCCUUCGCCUGCCAGCACUGCGGCAAGAGGUUCGCCGGGAAGCAGAACCUGAGGAUACACCAGCAGAAGCACCACAUGGCGGAGCAGGCCGCACUUCCUGUCCAGCUGUACGGCUGCGGCGGGAUGUCGGCGCUGAGCCGCGCGGGGCUCCACGAGCAGCUGUCCAUCAUCAUGGGCGCGCUCACCCGGGCGGCCGUGCUGGAGAUCUGCGAGCUGGUGGACGAAGGCUACGCGGCGCUGCGGCGCGAGCUCAGCCGCAGCCGCCAGGAGAGCGACGACCUGCGGAAGAAGCUGCACCUCAUCGAGUCCAUCGUGUUUCCAGAUGUGGUUUUAAUCAAAGAUGAAGACUCCAACAGCAACGACACUUUUGAAGAAGGCUGUAAUAAGCCAGCGGACGGAGGGUCGGCCGGACCCAGAGAGGCCGCCUCGGCGUUUCCUAGCAACCGGCACAAACGGAUGACGUGGCCAGAAAAGGAGGAGGCGGAGAAGCGGUCGUCUCCGGACCCUCCCAGAGCCGUCAGACUGAGCGCGGGGGCUCAGGAGAAGCCGGUGCCGGUGUACUCUCUGGACUCCCCCCGCAGCGAGCAGCUGGGCGGCGACGCCGAGGCGGAGGCCGGCGAGUCCGGCUGCUCCUACUCCUCCCAGAUGGACUCGGACCUGCAGCUGGUCCAGGACUGCUCCCUGGCCCCGCCGGCUCUGGGCAGACCGGUGUUCUUCAGCAGCAGCACUCUGAUGGAGUCUCCCUCCGGCAGGGCCGAGCUGGACCUGAACGUGGACCAGGCCUGGACCAAGCAGGCCAAAGGCCCGGCGGCGUUCGCUCAGUUCCACCAGGGCGAGAACAUGGACGGCGACUCGUUCGGCGUGAAGCUGAUCGGCGUGGCGGGCUCCGCCUCCGCGGACUGCCAGCUGUCCGAGGGCAGCAGCUCGGCCUUCGAGUACGACGAGAGCGAGAUGAUGAGCUACGCCGUGUACGGCGAGCAGCCCGGCCCGCCGCCGCUCUGCAACGGCCAGCCGCCCGGCGCCCGCAGGCGGCGCUUCGUCUGCUCGCUCUGCAACAAGACCUACGCCACGGCGCAGAACCUGGACGUGCACAUGCGCCUGCACACCGGCGAGCGGCCCUUCAGCUGCGGCCAGUGCGGCAAGAAGUUCACGCAGUCGGCGCACCUCAAGUCCCACCUGAGCGUCCACUCCGGCGAGCGGCCGUUCGCCUGCUCCGUCUGCGCCAAGAGCUUCAUCGUCAAGUACAGCCUGAAGCUGCACAUGAACAAGUGUCACCCCAACCGCAGUCGUUUACAGGCCGGCCUCUCGGAGCUUAACCCCCCAGAAACGAGGCGCCCGCGGCGGGUCGAGACGAUGCCGCCCGUCGCCACCUUCCACGCGCAGCUCGCCUCCAUCAUGGAGGUGCUGGCCAACACGGCCGUGGCGGAGAUCUGCGAGCUGGUGGACAGCGGCUACGCCGUGCUGCAGCUGGAGAUCAGCCGCAGCCGCAAGGAGAACGAGGUGCUGCGGAGGAAGCUGCGGCUCAUGGAGCUGCGCACGGCCCGGGCCACCGCGCUGCGGGCCGCCGCCACCGCCGGCGGCUCCGCGCUGCCGCACGCGGCCGGCCGCGCGCGCGUGCAGCUGGUUCCGAGGAGCAGCGGGACGCCGUCAGGUAGAGAAGGCCGCGUGGCGCUGUGCCAGCUGUCCAGCCAGGAGACGGAGCGCUGCAGAGACCCCAGAGACCCCAGAGACCCCAGUCCCCCCAUAGAGCUGGACCCGGAGACCACGCCGGAGACGCCGGUCGCCGUGGAGACGACAGCCAUCGUCAAAGUGGAGGACGUGGAGGAGUCCUGGUCUCAGUCUGAGGUGGACAAGCGGUUUUCUCCCGUCCCUGAAGGACAGGCCAGCGAGCGGGACGACCCGUCCCCGCCGUUCAAGCAGGAAGUGGGGGACAGCGGCGGCAGCGCCUCGUGCCAGUCCUGGACGAGCGGCGAGGUCAGCUCCACCUCCAUGUCCAAUCAGAAAGCCCUCCACAGCGGCCGCACGCCGGACGCCGGCGGCUAUGACUGUGCUCUGUUCGAGCCGCCGCUGCAGCUCAGCUCCCAGAAUCCUCUGGGAGGAGAUCCCGGCUGCUCCGGCAUGGGAACCAGCAGCGGCUUUACCUUUACCCUCAGCGAGGCCAGUCUGCAGCCUGCAGCGUUCCACAGCGGCCAGCAGAGGGCGCUGCAGCCCGCAGAGGAGCAGCAGCUCCCCAGGAAGGAGGCGGCGGCGGGGAGGAGCGCCCUCUGCAGGAGGAGGCAGCAGCAGCAGGACGGGCUCAGCAGGGGGGAGCCCGGCGGCAAGUCGUUCGUCUGCAACUACUGCGGCAAGAGCCUGGCCUGCUUCAAGAACCUGAAGACGCACCUGCGCGUGCACACGGGCGAGAAGCCCUUCGUGUGCGCGCUGUGCGGGAAGCGCUUCUCCGACUCCAGCAACCUGAAGCGCCACCAGAGCGUGCACACCGGCGAGAAGCGCUACGGCUGCGUGCACUGCGGCAAGCGCUUCGCCCAGUCCGGCUCGCUCAAGGUGCACAUGACCGUGCACACGGACUACAAGCAGUUCCGCUGCUCCUUCUGCGGCAAGACCUUCAUCUCCGGCAGCCACCUGCGGCGCCACGUGGCGCUGCACGCCGAGGACAAGCCGCUCGCCGACACGUCGCAGUGAGGCGUCCGGCCGCCGCCAUCGGCGUCCGGCCGCCGCCAUCGGCAUCCGGCCGCCGCCAUCGGCAUCCGGCUGCCGGAUCAGUGGAAAACACUGCAAGAACCUUUCAUUUGAUCUGAAACACAACUAUGGAAACAAAGUCUUCCUGGAGUCAAGGAGCUGUUUUAAAAUGAACGUUUUCCUUUUUGGUUGCCUGAACUUAAAGCGAUACUUCAACAUUUUGGCAAAUUGGCCCAUUUAGUGCAAUUCCUUAGUCAUUAGAACAGCAUACUUACUGUUUCUGUGAGGGCGAGCUGUUGUUUAUUCAGA